GGGAUUGGAGAGCCCAGCGUGUACCAUGCCGUGGUGGUUAUUUUCCUGGAGUUCUUUGCCUGGGGGCUGCUGACCACACCGAUGCUAACGGUGUUACACCAGACUUUUCCUCAGCAUACGUUCUUGAUGAAUGGCCUGAUUCAUGGAGUCAAGGGUCUGCUUUCCUUUCUAAGUGCCCCACUGAUUGGUGCUCUCUCUGAUGUCUGGGGCAGGAAAUCCUUCCUCCUCCUCACUGUCUUUUUCACGUGUGCGCCAAUUCCCCUUAUGAAGAUCAGUCCAUGGUGGUACUUUGCUGUCAUUUCCAUGUCUGGAGUCUUUGCUGUUACCUUUUCUGUGAUUUUUGCCUACGUUGCUGAUAUCACUCAGGAGCAUGAACGCAGCACGGCGUAUGGCUUGGUGUCAGCCACAUUUGCUGCUAGUCUGGUCACGAGCCCAGCAAUUGGUGCGUACCUUUCCCAAGCCUACGGCGAUACAUUGGUGGUUGUGCUAGCUUCAGGUGUUGCUUUGCUGGAUAUUGGUUUCAUCCUGCUGGCUGUGCCAGAGUCUCUGCCAGAAGAGAUGCGCCCGGUCUCUUGGGGAGCUCCAAUCUCCUGGGAACAAGCAGACCCAUUCGCUUCCUUGCGGAAAGUGGGUCAGGAUUCUACAGUGCUGCUCAUCUGUAUCACAGUCUUUCUCUCCUACCUUCCUGAAGCUGGCCAGUACUCCAGCUUUUUCCUGUACCUGCGACAGGUCAUUGGUUUUUCCUCGGAGACAGUGGCAGCCUUUAUUGGUGUAGUUGGAAUUCUCUCUAUAUUGGCUCAGACAGUAGUGUUGGGAAUUCUCAUGCGUUCAAUAGGAAAUAAAAACACGAUCCUGUUGGGGCUGGGCUUCCAGAUCCUGCAGCUUGCCUGGUAUGGCUUCGGAUCACAGCCUUGGAUGAUGUGGGCAGCAGGAGCCGUGGCUGCCAUGUCUAGCAUCACCUUCCCAGCCAUCAGUGCCAUGGUGUCUAGGAAUGCGGACCCCGACCAACAGGGUGUGGUGCAGGGGAUGAUCACUGGAAUUCGGGGUCUGUGUAACGGCCUGGGGCCAGCGCUCUAUGGCUUUGUCUUCUAUCUCUUCCACGUGGAGUUGAAUGAAAUGGCUGAGGUGGAAACUUUGGGUAAGGCCUCCAAACCCAACAUGGCCAACCCUACAGAUGAGAGCAGCAUUAUCCCAGGGCCUCCAUUCCUGUUUGGGGCUUGUUCUGUCCUGCUGUCGCUCCUGGUGGCCUUGUUCAUCCCAGAACACAACCUUGCACUGAGAUCAGGCAGCCACAAGAAGCACAGUAACGGAGCCCAGACCCAUACCCACAGCCCGCAGGCCGGAGGAUCAGAUGGCAAAGAGCCCCUGCUUGAGGACAGCAGCGUAUGAGGUUGGGAGAGAAGGACCUGGCUUGCGUCUCAGCUCCAGAUCAAGGAUGGACUUAGCCAGUGGGAGUUCGGGGAGAGAUGGUGGGGGGAGAGAAGAAAUGUGGUAACAGGCUGUACCACUGACAGCUAGUGAGAAGGGACAGGGUUUCCCUUCAAGCCAAAUAUACCCAGCUGGUGCAAAAAUGGAAUUGUAUCAUCUGGUGCUGAUGGAAAGGGGAGAUAUUGAACUGCUGCAAGUGACGGGAUAGUUCUUUAAAGCAAACCUGCCCUUGUACAUGAAUACUGAACUUCAUGGUGUGACCUGCCAAAUACUCAACUCGCCAGUGAAAAUUUAAGGAGCUAGCAUUGUCUUUGUUCUAAUGUGAACCGAGUUGCCAGCCAGAAUAAAACAAGGCUCUUACAUGCCCCCA